AUGUCUUUUCCUGAGACCGAGUCAUCGAGAAUGAAAAUCGAUGUCAACUCAGCUCAAGACACACACCUAUACAGACACGAUGGAAACAAUCCAAACAAGGCUCCCGAGUAUCUCUACAGUUCGCCGACCUCUGUAGAAGGAAAGCAUCCUUAUGACAGCAGCGACAGUGACACUGGAAGUGAUGCUCUCGGACCCGAAGACAAUGCGCUAUAUGAGAUGGACUUGCGGUUACAGGGAAUCAACACUGAUGGCAUGGAAAGCGAUGAUUCAAACAUUAGUGACCAAUACACUAACAAGUCCGCAAGACCAAGACCAAGACCAAAAACAGCGACUACAACAAGAACAAGAACGACAAGCACAAUAUCUGUGGAUAAACCAUUGCCACCAUCCCCAGAAAAAGAACUACCGAAACUAAUAGUCGAUGAUGAUUAUGUUAAUGAUAAUGAUAAUGAUAAUAAUAAUAAUGAAAAAUACGAAAGAAACCAAGAGGAUCAGAAUGACGUACAAAACAUGUUUCUUGCCAACUCAGCAAAAGAACCUUCAGAUUCAUAUAGUCUACAAAUGACACCCUCAGAAAUUUCUCAACCCAAUAUAACUGUCACAAAGAACAAGGAUAAUAAUUAUACUGAGCUUCAGGAUGAUCUUGCCAGACAACAGGCAGGCCCUCCCCCAGGCCCGAUAAUGCCAAGUGCCAAUCCAAGACGGCAACCCCAUGUCAAUGCUGUUGAUGCAGGAGACACUCGUAUCAAGGGAGUCCGUAAGACUGUGACACCUUCUGGUAGAAACAAACCUUUACCAGGCACAGAAAAAAGGUCCUCAGUUGGUACCAUAAGAGAAGGAGGGCCCAAAGAUACAUCGCCUGAAGGAGAUAACGUGCCGCACACAGAAGAAGAUCUGCCAAAGAAAUGCUACAAGCUCAAUUUCCCAGUACCUUUGAAGCCUACAUCACCAGCCGAACUUAUCGAAGGGUUCGAAUCAAUUGUGAGCAAAUACAUCCUGGUUGGUGGUAUGAUCUGCUAUUUCUUUGGCAGGCUGAGCAUUGGAUUGUUUUUUGGUUUUCUAGCCAUCGCAGGAUGCGCCUUGGCUUAUUGGGUGGUCGGUACCGAAUCAAAGGACGGAUUGGACUGGCAAUUGGAAAAACUGGAUGGUGCAUCAACUCUUUAUGAAACCAAUGGAGAGAGUGUAGAGUGGAUCAAUUUCAUCUUGCAAAAAGUCUGGAGAAGUAUUGAUCCUCGCAUGUUUGCUUUUGUUGAAGACAUUUUGGAAGACACUCUGCAGUCUGUGGCCCCCAGUAUUAUUCAAGCCGUAAAAGUAACUGAUUUUGAUAUCGGAACCCAGUCUCCAGUAAUUCAAAAGAUUCGUGUCUUUCCACACCACCCUGGUCAACCAGACGAAAGCAUUUUCGGAGAGGUGUCUUUUAGUCUGACCUCUAGAGCCGUUGCAUCGUCUCAUUCAAGAUCAAAUGUCAAAUCCACACCUCCUGGCCUUUCCUUGCGCUUCAAAACCGGUAUCAAGGCACCUCUGGAUGUCAAGGCCGAAUUGACCCAUAUUUCUGGAAAACUGUUAUUCAAGAUCCUAACCUCCGCUGACCCACCAUUCCUAUCAAAAAUUACCUUUUCAUUCACAAGCGUUCCGACCAUCACAACAGGCGUAAUGCCAAUGUCAAAGCACUUGAACUUGAUGCGUCUUCCUAUGUUGAAAACUUUGGUCAACGAGGGUGUAAAGCUAGGAUUUGCAGAUUUGGUAGAUCCAAAGAGUAUGACACUCGACAUCCAGGCCUUAAUUGGUGCUGCUACCCGUGACACUACAGCUAUUGGUGUGGUAAAGGUAGAUAUUCGACAGGCCAUUCGUGACAUUCAUGCCAAGGUUGGAGAGGCAAGAGAUUCAUAUGCUACCGUAUCACUCAGUAAUCAACCUGGUCGUCAGAUGGCAAGCACUCGAGUACUCACUAAUGAAGAAGAUCCUCGAUGGAACGAAACAUUAUGCAUUCUUGUGCAUCAAGAUGAUAUUCUGGCCGACACUAUGAUUGACAUAAAAGUCUGGGAUGCAGACAAGGUUAAUUUCGAUGACUUGUGGGGUUCGGUCUCUAUAUCUGUAAAAGAUGUUGUGCUCGGAAAACUCGAUCGUCUAGGAAAUGUUACUGGAUGGUGUCAACAAGAGCAUGCUGUAUUUGAUGGUUGGGCUCCAAUUGAUGGCAAGGAUAUGUCAGAGUCCCGGAUAAAGCUCGAUUUCAAGAUGACUUUCCAUCCAAAAUAUGUUGUUCCAGUAGAGAAUAUUUUGCUAGACCCGAAGCAGCGCGAGACAAACAAGGAAGAUAAGGAAGAAAUCUCACCAGACCACAAGAGUGGUAUAUUGUCGGUGCAAAUCACACAGGCUACAGAUCUGGAGAUUGGAGAUCCUGGAGUCACUGAUGAAGACCUCAAACAUCCAUACAACUCUAAUACUAUUGUUAAUCCUUACGCUGUUUUGUACAUCAAUGACCUCAAGGUGUAUCAAACACAUGCUAAGCUCAGUAACCCUAGUCCAUAUUGGAAUGCGAUCACCGAACAGUUUAUCAAAGAUUAUGAUUCUGCUUAUGUCCGUAUCUCAGUCAAGCAUUCAAUUGAUCUUGAAAGAGAUCCUGUACUUGGAACAUAUGCUUUCUCUCUCAAGGAUUUGUUUGGACCCACAAUAGAAAAGUACAAAGAGACCGAGCGAUGGGUUCCACUGAUUAAAGGAAUUGGUUUUGGAAAGGUUUCAAUGCUUAUACGCUAUAAACCUGUCAAGCUUACUCUUCCACGUGAAUUGAGAGGAGCUGAUGUUGGUACUUUGAUUAUUGAACGUGUGAUGUUCAUGGGCUUAAAACCACCCAUGGAAGCAGAAACAUUUAAAUCAACAAAGGCAAUUGUUGCCCUUAACGUUGAUCCAUCUAUCCACAAACGUCUUCGGGCUUCAGAUCUCAAACAAUUAGAAGGAAGCAACGAUGGCGACAAUGACAGUGGAACAGCUGGUCAAUACGCUUGGUCUCGCAAACGAUUGUAUUUCCCACUCACGAUGCGUUACCGAACUGCGGUUUACAUCCAUUGUUUCCAGGGAGCUAUGUCGGGAAGCAAGGCUACCGGAAGAUUCUGGCUCAAGGAAGUGUGUGACAACGACUGGCAAGAGGUCCUGGUUGGUCUGCAUCACUACACGCCCGAAAAAUCCAAGGAAGCCAAUCGGAACGAAGACGAUUGGCCUUUGAACGGUCCGUAUGGCCAAGUCAAGAUCCGAAUGAAAAUCGUACCAGGUUUUUCGCCUGUUCACGGCAAUCUCAAAUCGUUCACAAAGGACAUGAUUGGAGCCGAUCCGUUCCAUAAUGAAGAUUUCAAAGUCAAAGCACAGCAGUGGAUUCGUGAAGAGAGCAGCGAAAAUACCGCAGCGGGGACUGAACGUAGUAAGAGUCGAAGAAUGUCGACUGCAACAUCCGAAGCUCUAAAAGAAAGACAAGAACAUAUUCAAAAUGAAGAUGAAGCUGAAGAUGAAGACGAUAACGAGGACUAUAAUUAUGAUGAUAAUGACAAUGGCUCGAGUGAUGAUGAGUUUGUACUUGAGGGCAGUGAAAAUGAAGACGCCAACUACCUUGAGAAUAUGCACGAAGGCCUGAAGAACAAGAAGCUCCACAAAUUCAAGGUCAUGCGUAAAUUGGAGUUUGGCAAGGACUAUGUUAAGCAGAAGGUGGAUACUAUUCGAGAGGGUUUCAAUUCUGAUGAUCGCGCUGGCCGAACUAUGGCUAAAGAAAUUUGA